AUGUAUCAAAUUGUGCUGCUUUUCAAGAUAUUCAUUGCUUUACUUACAAUUUUUCCUAUUAUUAUCACAUGCAAAUCAAAAAGUAAAAAGAAGUUGAAAGCAAAGAAAAGUGUUCCGAAUACUGCGACACCUAAAACAUCCGGAACUGCUCGAAACGAAGAUACUUCUGUUCCUCCCAAAACGGUAACCGAUGAUCCUACUGUGAAAACAAAACCGACUUCAAAAAUUGAAAAAUUGGAAGAAAAGAAGCCAGAAAUUCGACGCCAUCGCUCUGAUAUUUCGAUCAACACUGGAUUUGAGAUUGACAAAGGAAACAAAAGCCCCAGCUCUAGUGUCAUCGUUUGA